AUGAGUCAGAACUUCUACGAAGGUCAGCGAUUGUCCUUCGAGGGUGCACUAUGCACUGUUCGAUACAUCGGUGAGGUCGAGGGCACGAAAGGCGACUGGCUCGGGGUCGAAUGGGACGAUCCAACGCGGGGGAAGCAUUCCGGAGAGCAUAAGGGAGUAAAAUAUUUCACAUGCAAGAGUAAACAACCUACGGCGGGGUCGUUCGUCCGGCCAAAUAGGCCCGCCGAUCAGCCCCGGGGUUUCCUCGAGGCGCUGCGUCAGAAGUACGCAUCUGAAUUUGAAGAGGAGUUGGCGAGACGAAGCAAAGGCGAGGAUGCUGCUCGAUUGCACGACUUGAUCUACAUCGGCAGCAAGGUCGUCGAAGAAGUCGGCUUCGAGAAGAUCAGGAAGCAGCUCGCCGAAUUGCAGGAGCUGAGGAUCGUUCUCCUGGAUGGCUUACUUGUCGCAGGUGUCCUGGCUGAUCAUAAUAAUGAUGACCCUGAAAGGAGGGAGGAGGAAUUGAGAAGAAUCGAGAAGACUUGCCCCAAAAUUAUUGAGCUUGACCUCAGCCGAAAUCUUCUCCGGCGGUGGCUGGACGUUCAGGAUAUAUGCAAACAGCUGAAGCAGCUCAGGAGGCUGAAACUUAACGGGAAUCGUUUUGAGACUGUCCGGUCUGGUCUGGUAUUCAACGGCAUCUCCGAGCUGCAUUUAGACGAGACAUUCUUGUCCUGGGACGAGAUUGCCCUCCUAUCACAUCAAUUUCCCUCCCUGACAUCCUUGACGGCAUCUACGAACUACAUAUCGUUGAUAUCCAGUCCCCUAUCUACAACAAUUCGGAAUUUGACACUCGAACACAACGAAAUCACGUCAUUAUCGUCCAUUCGACUCCUCGCAUCGCUACCAAACCUCGAACGCCUUUCCCUGCGCGGAAACAACAUCAGCAGUGUGGUCUUUUCAGAGUCUACGAAUAACGAUGAUACUCCGUUUCAGUUCUCGCCUAGUUUGAAAUAUCUGGACGUUUCUCACAAUCGAAUCGACUCGUGGCUGUUUGUCAAUGCGCUUCCGACUAUCUUCCCCGGCCUGUCGUCGCUGCGAAUCUCUGACAAUCCGCUCUACGACCAACCCGUGGCGCCAACAUAUGUGACCAAUCUACCCGAGAAACCGAUGACGGUGGACGAGGCCUUCAUGCUGACAUUGGCUCGGCUCGGCGCUCUCACAACCCUCAAUUUCAGCAAGAUCUCCCAGCAGGACCGUACCAAUGGCGAGCUUUACUAUUUGUCUCUGGUCGGCAAAGAACUGUCCGCUUUCCCGCAGAGCGAAGAAAAGAACAUACUUUCCAAACACCCCAGGUACGCGGAACUGUGUGAGAUCUACGGCGAGCCGACCAUCAAGCGGGCCACAGAUGCCUCGCAGAGCACGACCAUCAACCCACGAUCCGUGGCAGCCAGACUGGUGAAUUUCAAGUUCUAUCUCCCCCUCUCUUCGCCAUUGGCCACCUCAGGGAAGAGAGAGCAAUCAUGUGAGAUUCCCAGGACAUUCGACAUCUACAGAAUCAAAGCCAUCGUUUCUCGUCUCUUCGAACUCCCGCCACUGAAAUUCAGACUGAUCUGGGAAACCGAUGAGUGGGAUCCUGUCGAGGAAGUCAAUAUCGGCGGGGAAGAAUGGGACAGUGAUAGCGAUGGCGAUCAAGAAGAUGUGAGGGUUAGCCACGAAACCGGCUCUGGCUCUGAAUCUGGCAAGAUGCAAGCCCCCGUCAUGACCAAAGAGGACGGAAGCAAAUUUGUCAAACGAGAGGUGGAAUUGACGGAUUCGACGCGACAGGUUGGAUUCUGGUUCGAUGACAACCUACGUGAGGCGAGAGUCCGAAUCGAAGCUCUUGGCUGUUCGAUAUGCAUGUUGAUGGGUGCAUGUAAAUACAUGGUACAUUCUCGACCUCAACCACAGCCGAAGUCAUCACAGUUUCAGUCCUACCAUCUAGGCUCUCUCGCAAUGGCAGAAUACUGGAAGUCAACGCCUAGGUACUGGUGCAAACACUGCAAGGUCUUCGUCCGCGACACUCCCUUUGAACGGAACCAGCAUGAAGCGACCGCGAAGCACCAGGCGAACCUGAAGCGGUUCCUCCGGGAAAUACAUCGCAACAACGAGCGCGAGGAGCGCGAGAAACAGAAGGCCAAAGAUGAGGUCCAGCGACUGAGCAGUCUGGUGUCGGGAGCUCCGGGGGCAAGGGCAGCCGAUUCAGCCCGGAAUAAUCGUCCUUCGGCGGCGUCUUCGGCGGAAUCGCGUCCGGCGACUCUGGAAGAGAGGAAAAAGCAGAUGGCUCAGCUCGCGGACAUGGGCGUGGCGAUUCCGGAAGAGUUUCGACGGGAUAUGGCCAUGGCGGGCGAGUGGCAGACUGUCUCUGAACGAGUGAUUAUGCCUCGUGAGGAGAAGGAGGAGGAAGAAGAGAAGAAGGAAGGGACAGAAUCCACGCCUCUGAACAUCGGUGUGCGAAAACGCAAACAUGAGGGUGAAGAGGAGGAGGAAGAGGAAGAACCGCAGAACAGGCCUGCCCGAAAGCCAUGGGGUUCUGCCACGCGAAGUUAUCCCGGUGCAGAGGAGGAUGACGAUCUGGAUGCGCUCCUCGAAAAAACCAAGGAUAUUAAGCGCAAAGCCCCCGUCUCUGAAGGUGUCAAGCCGGAGCCGAAAUCUGAAGAGACGGAAGGUCAACCGCAAAAUGAAGGGGCGCCGCUCGCCCCGGAAUCAGCCCCAGAACCUUCAAUCAAAAAGGAGGAGUCUACUGAAGGGGAUUCUCCCGCAGUUCCGCCGCCACCAGGAGGUGAUGCGCAGGAAGACGUACCGGGAGUGGUCUUCAAGAAGCGCAAAAACAAACCUUUGAAAAAGUAG